AGCGAAAUACACGGUGUAGCCACAUACAUUGCAUCAACAGAUAACACUCGUCAAACAACAACGACCGAUCACUGACCGAUCAAAAUGCCCUCCUCCAUCGCCGUCUUCAAAUUUGUCGGCACCAUAAGCCUUGGUCUCUUGACCGGCGUGAGCUACACCUUAUCAACGCAAGCACUGCCAUCACUCCUCACUCUGCCCUCCGCCAAACCCGCCGCACACACUCUGAGCCAGCAGAAGACUCUCUCCACUCUCCACAUUCGAGCUCUUUCGGCCGUCUCAGCGGUAUCCCUCCUCACAGCCUUCGCUUUGUCGCCUCCCCGGAUCAGACAUCCCUACCUUCUGUGGACGGCGCUCGUUGCCACUGGGAGCGGAGCAUUGGGUCUAGGUUUCGAAUCGAACAAGGUGAUCAAGGGUGACGACGACGUAAAUGGAGAGGAAGUGGAGAAGAGCGCGAGGGACCAGCAGUUCAUGGAGUUUGUGAGAACUCUUGUGGCAGGAACGGGAUUCGCGAUGGGUGUGGUGGGUAUCUGGGGAGAUGGGGCUUAGAGCUGAAUGGAGAAGAAGGAUGAGACAGGAAGGAAGGAGGACAGGAAGAAGGACUAAAGCUGCGGCGACAGUGUUCAGUGUUUGUUGUACUUUUUGAGCGUGCACGAUAUGCAGAGAUGAAUUGGCAUGUGAUAUGAUAAGGCGAGAAAGAGACGAAGUGGCGAAGAUGUCUGCAUGAAUAGGAUACUCCCCAUCUCAGGCCAAAGACUCUAAUGAGCAUUUUUCAACUCUGUGAUCUGCACCAAGGACAGAGCGAAGGC